AUGACUGAAGUAAUCCUCUAUCCGCUGUCCGUUCUGACCGACAGUCCCGUGCAAGUUGUUGAGCCCAAAACGAUGGAUUCCUCCUUCGGAGGUUUGAGCAAUUAUUUGUACUACUGCGCACUUCCGCCGGGUGUGAGCACCACGGAGACCCUGGAAAUCGGACUCAGUGCGAUGCCCAAGACUCGUCGGGAACCCCGAGAAUCGCCGUGUUUGACGACUCGAGAGUUGUAUGAUCCGGAAAUCAGUGGACGAAUCGCGCAGCAGUUGGCCAAGAUGCACACACUGCAGUUGCCCUUGUCGAAGGAACCCAAUUGGAUUUGGGAGACGAUGCGAAAGUGGGCCCUCAUCAUCGCCACCGACAUCACGCCGUCGUCCAAGUGUCCCGCCUGUCCCGCAUUCCCCAAGCAAGACCCCGGCGCCAAUCAGGACUUCUUCCAGUUCAUCAAGCGGAUCGACUUGGACGCCGAAAUCACUUGGCUCAAGGCUGCGUUGUUGUCGGUGGAUUCCCCGGUUGUGUUUGGGCACAAUGAUCUCCAGGAGGGCAACAUUCUUAUUGAGCGAGGCGAGGAUGCCAAAAUAUCGCGUCUCGCAUUCAUUGACUUCGAGUACUGUUCCUACAAUUACCGUGGGUUUGACCUGGCGAACCAUUUCUGUGAAUGGAUGUACAACUACAAAGUGGAUCAUCCGCCGUAUUUCUCCAAUACGCCUGCUAAUUACCCAUCAGUCCAAUCGCAACUGCAUUUCCUCCGAAAUUACCUGGAAGCGCUGGGAAAGGAGAAAGCGUCUAGAUCCGCGACAUCUAGUUUCACAUCCACAAAGCUCGAUUCAGGACAGGUUGACGAAAGUGGGAGUAGAGAACGCAUGUAUUCCGAAGAGGAACUUCGGAAAUUGUUGAGCGAAGUCGACGUUUUCCAACUGGCUUCCCACUUAUUCUGGAGCAUGUGGAGCUGUGUGAAUGCAGUUUCUUCCAAUAUUCCAUUCGGUUACUGGGACUACGCCGUGUGUCGUGCAGAAGCGUAUCUCACACAUAAGCAGAAAAUCCAGCGGAAGCUGGACGCCGAACAACUCGCGUCGACCAAAAGCCCGCAGGCCGGUAAAAGCGUUGCUGACGUGGACUCGUCAACGACGAUCGACCUCAACCCCAUGAAGGAAAAUUCCCGCGCUUCAACCGGCGGCUCUUGGGCCGCACGUCAGGCCAACGGACCUGACUUUGCUUGACAUCGAAUCGGAUUAAAACAAAAGAACGAAUCUAGUUUGUAUUUUUUCUCUCUAUUAUUUUCUUUUCGCGGUUCCACUGCUACAUUCUUUGGCGGGAUUUGUAUGAAUGAUUUGUUGGAUGGCCCACUUUUCUUGUUUUUGAGACGUGGUUGCGAAGGGAUUUCUUUUUUCCCCCUUGCUGGUCUUUAUUUGAUUUCUUUGUCGGUCAACUGUUCGUGGACUGGACUGACGGAAAUUUCCUGCUGUGUCUGGCAUUGUUGCUGUGAAAAUAUUUUUUAUUGUAUGGAUAAAGGACGAGGAAAUAAAGAUGAUGAAUGGUUUA